AUGGUGAAAAAAUUGGAAUUAGAGCCAUCUUACGUUACCUGUGGAAAAAGAAAAAGAGUGAAUGCAAUGGCAAUGGCAAAAGAAAUUCAUGAUGUGGAAGGAACUGUCAACGGAAUUAGGGCACAAAACUGGUUUAGACGUUUGAAGGAAGGUGACAGCAUUCGUGAAGACAAAUCGAAGUCAUGGAGACCUUCUGUUGUGGGAGGUGAGGCCUUGCUUGGGAUGGUCGAGCAACAACCAAACACAAGCAUCUGUACAUUGUCAGCAAAAUUUGAUCUUUUACAAAUUACCAUCAAUCGACACCUCCAUAAGCUCAGCCUUGUGAAUCGAUGUUGUCAACAAGAUCCUCAUGAACUGACCAAUGACCAGGCUCAACAACGAGCAAACAUUUGCAACUAA